AUGAACACUCAAAAGGUGCAGAUAAGUCAGUGUGAUAUGAAAACAGAUUUGAACUUACUGCUUGAAUGCCUGAAAUAUCAGAUGGACUGCCCUCUGUCUCAGAAGGAGGCUUUGAUCACUAUCUAUUCCAUUUGCCAGCAAAACAGUGAAGCGAGCGAAUACUUGCGAGAAAUUGGUGGUUUGAUGUUUAUAAAUGACCUUGCCAAGUCCAGUGCUCAUUGCAUCGUAAAGGAAGCAGCUUUAUUUACACUGGGGAUUAUUAUAGAGAGUAAUGUGUAUUGUCAACAGACUUUGUGUACUUCUGCACUGUUUGAAGACCUCAUUUUAUUUUUAAUUAAAAAGGAUUCUGGUGUGAACUUGAAAAGAAUGUCUGUUUAUGUCAUCUUAGCUCUGGUGUCAAAUAAUAAAAAUGGGCAAACCUGUGUCAGAGACACAGGCUGCAUCAGCCUGCUGCUGCAGUUGUUCAGAACAACUCUCUCCACGUCUGAGAAGAAUGUGUCAGAUGAAAACUCUGAUCCCUGCUAUCAGCUCUGGUGCUCAGUGUGCAGCACUCUCUGUGCCUGUGUCAACAACCCCCAGAACGAAGAUAAUCAAAACAUUUGCUGUUCAGUUUUCCCCCAUGCCAAAGAGUGGCUGGAGACUUGCACAGAGCCUGAGAUAGUUCGUCCCAUUUGUUCAUUUCUUGGUCUCACAGUUGCAAAUAACUCAUAUGUGCAGAAGUAUUUUGCUUCUAUUGGAGGAUUGGAUACAUUAGCCAGAGUUCUCCUUGAGCUUAUGCAUGAUUCUUGUUUGAGUCACUCCAGCAUGAAACUUGCCGUGGUAGUAACAAAGACUCUGGAUGCCUGUAUUGCUAAUAACUCUGCCAUGGGUGUUGUCUUGGCAAAGUAUCACACUGUGUCAGAGCUGCUGAAGCUGCUGUCCAAUGAGACACUGAGCACAGGAGAAAAAAUCAGUAUUAUUCUAACAAUUGGACACUGCACUGAAGUUUGUGAAGAGAACCAGUGUGAGCUGCUUCAGAACAAUGGUCUGCCACUUAUGAUUCAGGUAUUGACAGAAUCUCAGGACGAGGAACUCAUCAAAGCUGCUACUUUUGUGCUGCAGAACUGCAAACAAAUGACUGAACAGUUGUCUCUGAAAUUAUAUGAUAACUCAUUGAAUGUGAACAAUGCAGAAGAAUUGGAUGUGCAAGUCAGAAAUAGAUGUCUGCAAGACUACCGGAAGAAAGCAAAAGAAAUUUUACACAGAAUAAACUCAAUUGAAAAACAACACAAUGAGGUUGGUCUAUUUACCAAAAUAGUAUAA